GCCAUAAACAGCAGAUGUGAUAUAGUUCGGAGAGCUGAAACCAGGAAAAGAAAAGUAUAGUUUCAGGCAAACCGCCGAAACAAGAAGAAAGAAAGAAAAGAGUUCGUUGCCAGAAAGAGUUGUAGUUUGAGGCAGCACGCCGAAACGAGACGUAAGGAAAGAGUUGCAGAAAGAAGUCGUAGUUGAAGCAAAACGCUGAAACAAGACAGAGGCGCUGUUGAGGCAAGACGCCGAAGCGAGACGGAGAGAACGACAGAGAAACGAGAGUCGUAGUUUGAGACAGCACGCCGAAACUAGACGUAAAGAAGAGAAAAGAGAGGCGCUGUUGAGGCAAAAAGCUAAAACGACAGAAAGAGAAAAGAGGGGCGCUGUUGAGGUAAAACGCUGAAACCAGAAAGAAAGAGAAAAGAGAGGCGCUGUUUGAGGCAAAACGCCGAAGAAAGACGGAAAGACAGAAAUGGCGAUCAGUGAGUAAAGAGGGUGUUUGAGAAAGAGGGAGACGGAAGCAUAAAGGAGGUACCAGAGUAUAAUGAGGAAGAUAUCAACCAAGGUCGGUCUUUAUUUUAUUUUGUUUGUGUAAAGCUGCUUGAAUAAACGUUCAAGUGAAGGGGCCAGUUUUUGUUUUGUUUGUGUGGCCACUACGCACCCGAGCUACGGCUGGGGCCCCAACGGAGCGAGUAACAUUUACUGACUGCGUAAAUAAGUCCUGGAUAAAAAGAAAAAGUUGCCAUUUAAUAUAACAUUUAGAUGGAUAUAAAAGAGGAGACGUGUGCAGCUGACCUAAAUAUCAUGGAACAAAGGACUAUAAAUGUUAAGGAGGAGGACUGUGAGUGGGAGUGUGUCCGCCCUAAACAGGAGAGUCUGGGCAUUAAGGAUGAGGACUGUGAACUGGGGUCAGUGGGCAUUAAAGAAGAGGCUGAAGAGAACUGUGUCAGCAGUGCAACUGACAUCCAUACACAUGUGGAGAGUGUCAAGGAAGAUGACCUUCAUUAUGGACAUCCUGGUGAUGCAGUGACCACGUUAGCCUCUUGUGAAAGCACACACUCUUCCUCUUCAGAGUCCUCUUUUAAUGUGAAGUCUGAAUCAUUACAGUCUGACACAGAGGAGAAUGAAGAAAUUUCAUCUCUCAGAACAUGGAAAGAUCAGCCGCUGCUUACAAAGAAGUCUAGAAAAAUUGGUGCAGCGAGGGGCUCACCCGUGACUACUCCAGAGCAUUCGAAGGGAGGACAGUUGACCAAAAGAAAAAAAAAGGAAGGAAACAUAUACCACUCCUCUUCACAGUGUGAUGAACAAGUCAGUAAAAGGAGUACAGUUGGGAGCAUCAACACAGCAGAGAAGCCAUAUUGCUGUUCUGAAUGUGGCAAACAGUUUUCACAAAGAAGCUACCUUCAGAGCCACAAAAUAAGUCACGUGGGAGAGAAGCCAUAUUGCUGUAAUGAAUGUGGCAAACAUUUUUCACGAAGAGGCCAUCUUCAGACCCACAAAAGAAUUCACACAGGGGAGAAGCCAUACUGCUGUUCUGAAUGUGGCAAACAGUUUUCACAAAGGAGCUACCUUAAGAGCCACAAAAGAAUUCACACAGGGGAGAAGCCAUUUUGUUGCUCUGAAUGUGGCAAACAAUUCUAUCACAAGAGUGGUCUUCGGAGCCACAAAAGCAUUCAUAUAGGAGAGAAGCCAUAUGGCUGUAAUGAAUGUGACAAACGGUUUUCACAAAAAAGGAAUCUUCAACUCCACCAAAGAAUUCACACAGGAGAGAGGCCAUUUUGCUGUAAUGAAUGUGGUAAACAGUUUACACAAAGAAACAACCUUAAGAGCCACAAAAGAAUUCACACAGGAGAGAAGCCAUAUUGUUGUUCUGAAUGUGGCAGACAAUAUGCCUCUUUAAGCAAUCUGAAGAGACACACUGCACUUCAUGUGAGAGAAGGAGGAAGCCUUGAAGGAGUAAAUUGUCAGGUGAAGAAGGAAGAAAUGUAACUCUCCCAGCUAUUCAAGUCUUUAUAAGUACCUUUACAUAUGUGGUCGGCUUGAUUUGUAUAAGAUCCAUACCCAGUCUCAUCAAGGUAAACCUACUGUAAUACUUUAAAAAGAAUCCAAGAAAGUAAUUAAUUCUGGGCACUCAUCUCCUCGGAUAAACUGGUGCCUACCCUCUGCCUGAGCACCGUAGAACAAAGUAGGCAUUGCUCAUUCAACUAGGCCUUAGUGGCACUCUAGGCCUGUUAAGAAAGCAGAUUUAUCCGUGAUGCAUGCAUUCAGCUGCAACUCCGCCAUUUGCAUCUCAAGCUAAGUGAUUGAACUCCAGCUUGUACCAAGAUCUGCCUGAACUUCUUCUGAUAAUAAAGGUGUAAAUCUGAUGUUAAGUUGACAUCGUUCCAGAUGCCUCUCUGCAGACGUCUUGAGGCAGAAGGCACAAAAUAAACUCAAGCAAGAAGAAAAGAGCUGUAAAUUGAUGUAUGAUGACUCUGAUGGACAGAACUCGCCCUUGAGAACAUACUGAUUUUGUAACUGGAAGUACCUUUAAUCUAAUCAGAAGAAGUUGCACAUUGCCUUCAAACUAGUUACACUCACCCCAUCCUGGAUAUUCUCUGGACACUCUCACUGAACUCCUUGGGUAUUCUCUCAGAGGAGUGGGGACUCUUCAAAAUGAUUAAAAAAGUCUGAAUGUUAAAGCUGAUGAGACGUUCUGUAUUUGUGGAGCAGAGAACUGAUGAUCUUUCUCAUUUUGAAAAUCUCUCUGCCAAGCUGUGGGCUGAAAAGGCUUAGAAGGGAAGGGAACGUCAUCAUCUAAACUCUUGUGCUGUUAAGUUGUAGAUGAUACAACAAAGGGCCCAAGAGCAAAAAGCAAGUGGAGAAAUCGGCAUCAACGAACACCACAAACAAAGGAUUACGUAGUAAACAGGAGGAGUGCACUCCAAUGCAAGGAGGAUCCUCCACUUGAA